CGCAGCAGCGUCUGGAUCAGGCCAGAUCUGUAUUUUAAAAAUUUUUAUAUUCGGAAAAAAAUCCUAAAAUUUGUUUGGAACCAGCUGUCAAAAAACAAAAGGGAUUUUGAGCUAUCAUUAAGCUAUGCAUUCUGUACGCUUGAUGAGGGCCCUGUGCGGGCGUGUACAGUGCACAGGCCCCGCCCGAUGUGGAGCCUUGGCACAGCUGCAGCUACGCCAAUACGCCGCCGAGAAGUGCGACUCAGUCAUCAAGGGCGUUGUGGUGGGUAUGUACUCGAAGGAGGGCGAUCGACCGCCUAAGAUGACCUCGUCGGGCGAGAAGUUUGAUGAUCGUGUGCAGGGGAAGAUAACCGAACUCAUCCGCGAGACUGGACUCAAGGGAGAGCUGGGCAAGGGUCGCGUCUUUAUGAAUGUGGAUGCGGAAUUCCGCGCAGUGGCUGUGGUUGGCUUGGGGCAGGAGGGCGUUGGCUUCAACGACCUGGAAAUGAUCGAUGAGGGAAUGGAGAAUGCACGCGUUGCUGCCGGCGUGGGAGCACGUGCCCUGCAGCUGCAGGGCUGCACAGAUGUCUUCGUGGAUUCGAUGGAGUAUGCCGAGCAGGCGGCCGAGGGCAGCGCCUUGGCCAUUUAUCGAUACAAUACCAAUCGGCGCCGUCAGGAUCGCACACACAUUCCAAAGCUGGAGUUGUACGACUCUCCCGACUCGGAUGCCUGGACCCGCGGCCUCUUCAAGGCCGAAUCACAGAAUCUGGCACGCCGCCUGGCCGAUACGCCGGCCAACCAGAUGACGCCCUCAAUAUUUGCACAGUCGACUGUGGAUGCCCUGUGCCCCUGCGGCAUCUCCGUGGAGGUAAGGGGCAUGGACUGGAUUGAGUCCAAGAACUUGAGCAGCUUCCUAAUGGUGGCCAAGGGUAGCUGUGAGCCGCCAGUAAUUCUAGAAAUCAGCUACUGCGGAACCGCCCCGGAAGACAAGCCGAUUCUCCUUCUCGGCAAAGGACUCACAUUCAACAGCGGUGGCCUCUGCCUUCGCCCCAAAAACUGUCUAUCCAUGUACCGUGGCUGCAUGGCCGGUGCAGCCUCCUGCGUGGGCGUCAUCCGUGCCGCCGCCGCUCUCUCGCUGCCCGUAAACGUAACGGCAGUGUUGCCACUGUGCGAAAAUAUGGCCUCCGGCAUGGCGGCCAAGCCUGGCGAUGUAGUGUCCCUCUUGAAUGGCAAGACGCUCGGCUUCGUGGACGUCAGCAAGGCGGGAGUAGUAGCUAUGGCCGAUCCCCUGCUCUACGCUCAGACCACGUUCAAGCCGCGCAUGGUCGUGGAUGUUGCCACUGUGGGCUAUGCCGUCUGUCCAGCGCUGGGAGGAGCUGCCGCCGGAAUCUUCAGCAACUCCAAUUUCGUAUACAAGCAGUUCGAGAAGGCUGGCGCCCUCACGGGUGAUCGUGUGUGGCGCCUGCCCUUGUGGCGCUAUUACAAGGAGCUGAUCUCACCCAAUGAGACCUUCGACAUCAGCAAUCGUGGACGUGGACCUGCAUCCAGUUGCAUUGCCGCCGCCGUGCUACACGAGCUGGUCCCUUGCGUCGAUUGGGCACAUCUUGAUAUCCGCAACGUGGGAAUGUUGACACGCUACAAUCCUUUGCCUUAUUUGCUGAAGGACCGCAUGACUGGCCGACCAACGCGCACCAUCGCGCAAUUCCUGUUCCAGAUGGCCUGCCCCGACGGCAAAUAAUUGUACUUGUUUUUCUUUGUUUAUGUUCCGCGUUUAUCCAAAUUAGUUGUUUAUUGAAGUCCCCUAACAUUUUAACACAAAUUGCCAAGAGGUGCCCCCCAAGAGGUAACACCAACACAAUCACACAUUUACAAUAUUGUUAAAUUUUAAACCAGAGCUGACCAGACGAAAAGGUUCUACAAUUUAUUGUUGAAAUGCAUUGAAAAUCGUAUGCGAACACAA